UUCGGUCGUUUGUUCAUCAAUUAGCUUCCGUCUAUUUGGGUUGAAGAAUCACUUUGAAUUGGUUAGGUUUCCUGUCUACUUUGACUGAAAUACAUGAAAUUACUUCAAUUGGAUCACUUUAUUUGUUGUAGAAAUUGGUUUGCCCAUUUGAUAUUUGCAUUUAUUCUGGUAUUCUCUUUCUAGCUUGCAUCAGAUUCUGUUUCCAUUCUAUUUGAGGUUUGUUUCUUUAUAUGGUUUUUUUUUACAGUUUGGCAAUUCUGGGUACUUUUUAUUGUUCUUCUAAUAAAUUGCAUUUUCGCUGUAACCGAGGUACUGGAUUAAAGCAUCUGAUCUAGAUAUAUUAGCCUCAUCUGUUUGCUACAUUAGUUAUCUCACUGCAAACUGAGCAGCUUUAUGUAUUUUCUCCUGUGAUGAUCCUGAGUUGAAGUAGUGUGGUGGAAAUCAGGAGUUUCAAUCCUGCAACGGUGUGAGAUUUGAGGCUGAGGAGUUAAUAAAAUUUCUUUUAGUGUUUGUCAACUCUUUCAUCUCUAUUAAUGGACAUAAAUGCAUGAUUCAAUUGGUAGUUAGGCCUUUUGUUUUAAAAAUAAGUAUUGAGUUUGAAAUCCUCUUUGGGUUACCUUGUGAUUAAUCCAUGUAGUUCUGAUAAUCUAGUAUUAUAAUUUAUACAGAUAUUGACAUCUUAAGUUUUUGUUCUUGGAUAAAUAUUCAACAUUUGAAUGUUUUAGUAUUUAGCAUCCCCGAUCAUUGGUGUGAUGCAACAAGUACACAACGGACUGAAGUCAUGAAUGUCUAGUUUUUUAGAAAUGGCUAACUGAAGCAUAUGAAUUAUAUUUCCCCAAUCCCUAUUAUUACCAGAGCCAACAUAUCUGCAAUAUGUACUGAGUUCUGGCCUUUGGUUCAUUUCAUGGACAAACUGAGGUGGAGCAAUUAUCAGCUAGAGUUCUGACUUGGACAGAACAUAGGGGAGUUACCUUCUCAUUAUGUGGAGGUGGGAUUUAGUAGAUUAAAUUGCAUCCGGCGAAGUCAUCGACCCCAACUGACAAUCUAUCACAUUCUUAUAGUGAUGCAGAAUCUCUGGAUGCAAGUUUUAACAACUUUUCAUGGUUCAGAAAAAGAUUUUGCAACUGAGUCAGGAGAGCCAAGAAUGAUUCAUCCAAAAUAAUAAUGUAGAAGUUCUCGUAUUUGAAGUACGAUCAGUGUAAUUCCUGUUUAUCGCUUAAUGUUGUGCUUUGCAGAUUAUGGGCUUCUGGACCCUGUUAGAAGGCUUUCUGCUUUUCGCAAAUGCACUUGCCAUAUUGAAUGAAGAUCGGUUUCUUGCUCCAAGAGGUUGGACCUUGGCAGAAGUUUCAGGAGGUAGGAAGAAUUCUCUCAAGGGACAGGUGAUCGGACUGAUACAUGCAUGUCAAUACAUGAGGUUGCCACUUAUACUUUUGAAUAUUGUGACAAUUGUAGUUAAACUAUUUUCUGGCUGAUAAUGAACAGGUUAAGGGAUGUCCAUGGCUUUUGAGAACAUUGAUAACUUCUCAUUUUGAUCUAGAAGAGAACUUCUUUAUAGUCCGGGGUUGUAAGUAUCUACUAUUGGGUUUUAAGGCAGGAAAAAAAAAGUUUGGAGA